AUUGAAUUUGUGUGCGAAAAUCAGAGGAAGAAGCUCGGACGUCCCGCGCCUUGGCUGGCCUGGUUGAAUUAGAAGAAAAAUAUAUUCAACCUCCACGCCGUCUUCCUGACACCUCCUCAGUCCUCACACCGCAAGGCCAGAGAUCAGUCAAGAUGGCGCCCGCUAACCUCCCCUCCAUCUUCAAUGCCACGAGCACCGAUAUUGAGCAGCUCCUUGCUGCUCAGUGCCACAUCGGCUCCAAGAACCUCGGUGUUCACAUGCAGCCUUACCUCUGGAAGACUCGCGCCGACGGUGUCAACAUCCUGAACGUUGGCAAGACCUGGGAGAAGAUCGUCCUUGCUGCCCGCAUCAUCGCCGCCAUCGACAACCCGUCCGACAUCUGCGUUAUCUCUGCCCGUCCCUACGGUCAGCGUGCCGUCCUGAAGUUCGCCGCCCACACCGGUGCUCAGGCCAUCGCCGGUCGCUUCACCCCCGGUUCCUUCACCAACUACAUCACCCGCUCUUUCAAGGAGCCCCGCCUCAUCAUCGUCACCGACCCCCGCACUGAUGCCCAGGCCAUCAAGGAGGCUUCCUACGUCAACAUCCCCGUCAUUGCCCUCUGCGAUGCCGACUCGCCCACCGAGUACGUCGAUGUUGCCAUCCCCACCAACAACAAGGGUCGCCACGCCAUCGGCUGCGUCUGGUGGAUGCUUGCCCGUGAGGUCCUCCGCCUCCGCGGUACCAUCUACAACCGCGAGACCCCCUGGGACGUCAUGGUCGAUCUCUACUUCUACCGCGACCCCGAGGCUGAGGCCGAGGAGAAGGUUGAGGAGGAGAAGCUCCCCGGUGUUGAGGAGGAGGGUGUUGCCGCCAUUGAGUCCGGCUUCCCCGCCACUGGUGACUGGGAGGCUGCCCCCGCUGGCUUCCCCGCCACCGGUGAGUGGUCCGAUGCCGCUCCCGGUGCCGCUGCCCCCAACUGGGACGCUACUGCCCCUGCCACCACUGCUGACUGGUCCGCCACCGAGGCCAAGGAGUCCAGCUGGUAAACAGUUGUAAUCGAAAAAACACAUUCGGUUUCUGGGUCAAGAAUGGCGUAAUGGAGGCGUGAUGGAGACUGGACUUGUGGCUUGAACCUCGCCCACCGAUUUCCAACACGAAUUGAUCAUGAAUACCCCCAACAAUGGAAUCUGGCUCUGGCUUCUUGCAAACCGCUUAUCCCCUGGCAAUGGGUCAAAUUUGACCGCACUAAUGAGGGAAAGAUACUCGAUCUGGCGCCAUCUACUCUUGUAUAUGCUGUCUGGAGAGAGGGAAUGCCCUGUGGGGUCAAAAGGGGUGGACUUAAUCGUUAUCCCGCCCUUGCCAUGUGGUGCGAUUUGUGAAGUUUGGGGAUCUUAAAACAGAUGAGAUUUGCUCCGAAUGGAUACGUCCCGACCCUA